AUGCGCGAUGCGUUACGUGGAGAACUGGGCUUGAAAAGGAAAGUGAAGGCAGAGUAUGGAAAGGUCAAGGUGAGCAACAAGGUGGUCUACGGUGUCUCCGACAAGCCAGCCAACCGCCAGGAGUUCGACUGCGAAGAGAUGGGCGGCAAGGUCAACGUUGUGCAGUACUUCAAGCACAAGCAUGGCAUUGAUGUCUGGUAUCCAGAUUUGCCCUGCAUUCAGCUGGGCAGUGCCCGAAAUUGCAUUCCCAUGGAGUUCGUCACCGUCUUGGGCGGUGAACACAACCUAGCCGUUGGAAAGUUGCGCCCAGAAUUCCAGGUGGAGGUGACAAGGAGAACCGCAAUGCCACCCUCGCAACGCAGAGAUCAAAUCAUGACAGCACUGAACAACCCGCAGUUGGGUCCUGCGUCAGCUCUAAACAGCAAGGGAAUCACCAUGGAGCUUCAGAUGAUUAAGCUCAAUGGGCGCCUGCUGGACACGCCCAAGAUGAGGGAUGGUAACACCGGCAACAGCUACAUGGGGACCUCGACGAACUACUCCAACAACUUCAAGGCGAUUUCUCCUCCCCAGUUCGAGGUAGCCUGGGGCAUGUGGUGCUUCACGACUGGCAGCCAAAUUCAGGAGCGGGACAUCUGGUGGCUCGCCGGCGAGUUCAAGAAGAGGUGUUAUGCGAAAGGCAUGAAUUUCACGGAGGCAAAGACUGUAGAAUGGCCCCAAAAGGCCUUUGAUGCUUACUACAGAUGCUGGAAGAACCGUGAGUCCUUCUCUAACACGCUGGGCAAUGUUCUCCGUGAAGAGCUCACGCAAUUGCUCGCCAAGCAUAAGGACUUGAAGCUUCUGGUUAUCCUCCUUGAGGACAGCGAGGCAAUCACUGAUCAGCUCUACAAGUUGAUCAAGCUCAUUACAGAGACAGAGAUGGGCAGCUUCACCACGCAGUUUGUGAACUGCAAGAAGGGGAUCGCCGAUGCGGAAAAGAAGCUCAACAACCUCAUGCUCAAGGUCACGCCAAAGGUUCCUGCAAAGGCCGGAAUUCCCAGGGCGGCUUUCAACGUGGCGCUUGCCGAGCCCCAUUGGCUGCUCAAGAAGGAAGAGGGCACCAUGAUCAUGGGCGCGGAUGUGACGCACAACGUGGCUGGAAUCAGUGUGGCUGGAGUUGUGGCUUCCGUGGAUUCCAGCUUUGCUUCCUAUUUCCACGAGAUACGCGGACAAUCGCCCUAUACCUUGAACACGCUCAAGCAGAGAAACCGCCAAAGUGAAGAGCGCAUUAUUGAUUUGACCAGCAUGGCACAGAAUAUGCUGCAGAAGUGGAGAAAGAUGAAUGGACGGCUGCCGAACAACAUCAUCUACUAUCGCGAUGGUGUCUCUGAUGGACAGUUCGUCAACGUCUUGCAGCGCGAAUUGAACCUGCUGGAUGCCGCGUUUAAGAACGUAGAGGCGACAUACGAGCCACGUCUGGUCAUCAUCGUUGGCCAGAAACGUCAUCAGACACGUCUGUGGAUGGCAGAUGAUAAGGGCAAGGGAGGGGGCAAGGACAAGGGCAAGGGCAAGAAGGACCCGGCACAGGUUCGCCCGGGCACGGUGGCCAGUGACAACAUUGCGCAGCCUUCGCACAUGAACUUCUUCCUUGUCUCCCAGGAAGGUAUCCAGGGCACCUCGGUGCCUUGUCACUACCACAUCCUGCACUUGGACAAGAGGCUCGUGCAGAGAGGCAUCAAAGUGGACGACUUCGAAAUCAUCACAUUCCAGCUGUGCCACUUGUACUCACGUGCGGACAAGUCCGUGGGAUACGCCACACCAGCUUACAUGGCCGACCACGUGUGUGAGCGUGGCAAGCACUACUUAGAGGCCUACUUCGGACAUUCGGAUGUCAUGUCGACCUUGGGCACUUCUUCCAGUGAGGAACGGAAAGAGUCGGAAAUGCGCGAAGAAAUCGAGAAGAGGAUCAGCUGGCUGAAUGAGCGUGCUGCGGCUAGCGGGGGGACCCGGUUGGAAGAGAGGGACACCACCUCGGCAACCCGAGUAAAAGAUUUGCCCUCCGCGCGGAUACUGGGCCACUUCAGCUCCUCUCCUUUUGUGUUUCCCUCCAUUUACUGCUCUGCAGCAGACGACGGCAAAGAGAUGCAGAGACCAUAUCCUGCAGCGCAAGAUUUGCAACAGAAGCUGAAGGGAGCGCUGGAGCAGAAGAACGUUGAUGCCGUGAAAAGGGCGUUGGAUGCAGCGGAAAACCAUGGCGGUGCUGACCAAGCUCUUCUGCAGCAAGCUAAAGAUUGGAUGAAGGCUGGCCACAGUCUGGCUACUGGUGGGCAACUCGAAAAUUGCACAGCUCUAGGUUGGGUGACGCUUCGUGUUCUGAACCCUAACCUUCAGUUGAUUCAGGAGGAAGAUGGCAGGCAGGAUGCGGAGGCUCGGCCCAAAAACGCAUAG